ACUGCGCAGAAACGUGCGCUGACGAAGAAUAUGGAAACCGAGCAAAAUAAUCGGCACUGCUUCAAAAUAACUUCUCAAGGGCCGUGAUCGGUCGCCUAUCGAUAUUAAGCUGUAUAAAGUACGAUGGACUCAAUGAAUACGCGCGAAUCUCGUAUGAGAAUAGCAAAGAAAAUUUUAAAAAUAAAUAAAGAACUUAAAGAAAGAAAUAAAGUAUCAGUGGAUGAGCAAAAAAGACAAUUACAUCUUGAUCGUAACUUCAUAACAAAACUUCAGAAUGACAAAAGAAGACUUCAGGCAGAGCUACGACAUAUGUGUUCUAAGAUUGUGAUGCUGGAUGACGAAAUCAUAGCAGCUCUAAGUCCCUAAUAAAAUUAUAAGGUGAAAAUCAUUUCUUGGAAGUAAAAUUAAUUCCUAACGAUAACUUGUUUGAAGAGACAGUUCAGUGGUUAUAUACACUUGUUAACUUUCCACAAUUGGCUCGAUUGGCGAAAUUUGAAUUCUCACUAUUAUUGGCGUUUUCGCUAUCUUAAAGACGUAUUGAGAUAUUGACUUCGACCAAAAUUUAUUUGAAUAAAAUUAUUACGAAGAAGUUUUAAGUACAUGAAUUCAGUAAGCUGUUUUCUUUAUAAACAAAAACUCAUAAAUAAAUGAGACGAUUAGACAUUUAAAAUACUAUAAAGCUGAACAAUAACAGUUUCAUUUGAGAAUUAAGUCGAUAUUGACUAGACUUUAUUGUUCACAACUAAAUAAGACUUUAAAGAAUGACAUAUUGUUUGAAAAAACAGGAAUUUUAGUAUUAAUUAUUAAGAAUCGUAGGGUUAUGUUUCUCUUCAAGGAACCAUUUUUCUAAAGCACUUAAAAAUGUUUUCUUUCAAUGGAAUGGUUUAACUGAAAGCCAUUCCUAAAGUAAACUUUCCCAUAUGUUGCUCCGAAUCGGUGUAACCUAAUUAUUGUAUUAAACUACAGAUGAUUUUCGUCCUUGGAGAAGGUUCUCGCUAGAUCAUAUUGAUUCUUCUACUUUUAGUCAUUCUUUUGUUCCUUUAGCUUCCUGUUGGAAGGGGUUAAAAUCCGUUCUUUUGUUCCAAACCUAAUCAGUUGUAUAUUAUCAUAUUUAUCUAGAUACUAUUUCCGUAAGAGAGGUAUUAGAUUUAGAACGUUAUUUCCUCUAGCUUAAGGGUGAUACAAAUUCAAAGUUAUAAUAAAUCUUUGGAGACUGCGCAGUACCAACAAACAGAAAAUCACCAGAAUGGAUCAAAUUUCUUCUUUUU